AUGUCGAAACUCUCUGAUUUCCGCCUCCUCUCCUUCGAUGUCUACGGCACCCUCAUCGACUGGGAGUCGGGCGUGCUGGCCGCACUGCAGCCGCUUCUCAACGCCAACAGCGCCAGCUUCUCGCGCGAGCACUUGCUGCACGUGUACCACGAAGCCGAACGUACUCAGCAAGCCCAGGAUCCCGGCAUGCUUUAUGCCCAGCUGCUUACCACGAUCCACCCACAAAUCGCCGAGCGGCUCGCACUGCCACAACCGACCGCGGCGCAGAACGAGGCUUUCGGCCAGUCCGUGGGCAGCUGGCCAGCUUUUCCGGACACAGUGGACGCCCUGCGCCGGCUGAGCAAGCACUACAAACUGGUGGUGCUAUCCAACGUUGAUCACGAGUCCUUCUCCAGGACCAAUGCCGGCCCUUUGCAGGGUGUGGCCUUCGAUCUCAUCAUCACCGCUCAAGAUGUCGGCAGCUACAAGCCCGACCUGCGCAACUUCGAGCACAUGCUGCGUGAGGUCGAGGCCAAGUUUGGUGUCAAGAAGGAGCAGGUGUUGCAGACGGCGCAGAGUCAGUUUCACGACCACCAUCCCGCAAAGGAAAUGGGAAUCAAAUCGAGUUGGAUCGUAAGGCCCGGAGCAAUCAUGGGCAAUCGCACCGGGGAAGUCUAUGAUUGGAAAUUCGAUACUCUGGGCGAGAUGGCGGAUGCUCUUGAGCGGGAGUGA